ACGAGCACAGUUUCAGUUGGGAGUUGUACGAGCAUUGAGGAAGAGCUGAUAAUUUAAUUAUUCUCGACGAAAGUAGAACAAAUUUUUGUCGAAAUUUGGAAAUAUUUUUUCCACUUUCCAAAAACCCAAGACGACGGAUUUUUUAAUCCAAUCGACACCUCGACGUUAAAGAUAUAUUUGCAAUGGUUUUGAUCACCCAAGAAGAAAUCACGAAUACAACGAUCCAAAAAGAUAAUUACUCUUGGUUUUUCAACAGUAGUUUUCAAAAACAUUGUGUCAAAGGGUGUGGUCCUAAAAGUAUACGAAAAGAAACUCUAGACCCCAAUCUCUCUUGAUCUUGGGGAGUCCUCCAUUUAGUCAAAAAAAUAAAUUCCCAGUGUAGGUUUUAGUUAAAAAAAAUUCAGUGAUCAACCAACCAACUCUUAACUUUUUUUCAGUUUAUUAAAUUUUAUUUCAAACUCUUCAGAAACUGACUAUAGUAAAAUUUGUGGGUUCUCCUAUAUCUUUUUCAUACACUCGUCGUCGUCGAAGGAACUAUUUAAAAAAAUUUAAUUCGUCCCCAACAACGUUGAUAAUUCAUUCAUUACUGAAUUGAAUUUCCUUUUUUGUGAAACCCCCUCAAAAUUUCAAGUGAAACCAAAUUUAUCGAGUAAUAUAUAACAAGCGGAAAUACAAAAUGCCAAGAAAAAGUUCCAAGGGUCCUGGGUCUGCCAAGGGCACUCCCAAACGAGGCCCCAAGGGAAAAAGGAGCGGCUUGUCGGACGAGGAUUCCGUGGGAGACACGGCUUCCGUUGUCAGCCUCAACUCUGACCGUGGCAGUUAUGACGAUGGGAUCGACAACGGAAAUGAUGACUACGAAGAUUCCACUACUACGUCCCGAGACGUCACCACAUUUGGCGAAACAUUGGAAGACAAAUUUGUCGAAGCUCUUGACCAAAUCACGGAAAAGUCGGCGAACGUGCGAACCACAGCACUCAACUUGUUGGUCACUCAACUCAGCCAAAACUUUCGCCCGGAUCUGAUGCUCGGACGAAGGGAAACGUUGAGAGAUAAUCUGGAACGAAUUUUGAAGCGUGGAGCCCCCAACGAGCAGGCCCUCGCUGCACAAGUCUACUCACUCUCCGCCAUCCAAGUGGGUGCCUUGGACCCGGAUCUGGCCACGGAAGACUUUACCGCAAUUAAACCAUGUCUCCAAAGCCUCAUGUUGGAUCACACGGCGUCAAUUUCGGUUCGGGCAAAGUGUUGUGAAGCCCUCUGCAUUGGUGGAUUGUUGGCAGAAACAUGUCUUCAAGACGUGGCAAAUUUAAUCACCUUGUUGGAACCUCUGUUUGGCGCAAAGGGAGAGAAAUUGGUGAACAACAAGGAUGUCGAGAAACUGGUCGAAAAGAGCGAUGCAUUCGGUAUUGGAGCAAGCCCAGCCAAAUCGGUGAAAAUUCCAAAGGCGAGCACGAGCGUUUUAGCCGCAACCGCAAUUUCAGGAUGGUCUCUGCUUUUGACCAUCAUGUCGCCGGACUAUUUAUCCACCAGAGUUCACCGUUGGACCGGAAUCCUUCAAGGAUUAUUGGACCAUCCCGAUCUUGAAAUGCGACUUUGUGCUGGAGAAGCACUCGCGAUUUUGGUAGAAAUGUGUGAAUUAACCGAGGAUUCUGAAGACACUUACUCCGAGUCUGAGGAAACGGAUGAGGACGAUAUCUCAAAGAUGAGAAAUGGACAUUCCAACAAAAAGACCAACAUGAAGGUCUUGAUUGAGAAACUUCGAGAGUUGUCCGUGGAAUCACACAAGUAUCGCGCCAAGAAAGAUCGUCGUCAGCAACAUCACAGUUUCCGUGAUUACUUGCACGCUGUUGAGGAUGGAGAUGGACCUGGUUUCGUGAUGCGAUUUGGGUCCGGUGAAGUCCUUGAGAUUGAAUCUUGGGCAAAGAAACGGCAAUACGACGCCAUCUGUAAAGUCCUCGGUUCUGGAAUAAAUCGUCACCUUGUCGAGAACAUGAUGAUACGUCAAGUUUUGGAGCUCGGUUCCCCAAAACCUGCCGUGGUCAACAGUCCGAAUUCCGAUGCUCGUCAAGCAAAAUCAGAUCGUCAAUACUUGAACGCCAUGAACUUCAAGGUUCGCUCGGUCAACCGUGGAAAGAAUCGUGACCACAGAAUGGCAACGCUGGAAGAUUAUUGAUGCCACGUUUCAACUAGUUCCCACGAUUCUUAUAACAUAAUUUGAUAGAAGAAUAAUUCUAAAAACAACAUUUUAAAUUUAAAGUAAAAUAAUUAUUAGUCACAUGUAAAAUUCAUUAACUGAAAUUUCCUAGUGAAUUUCGUUGUCUAUCACAUUAAACAUCACAAUGUUUGUAAAAUUAUAAUCAUAAUUAGGGUUGAAUUAAUUACAUUAUUAAUUACUAAAUUUAAACAAUCGCUGUGUGGGUGGAUUUAACGUAAACAAACCGUUUUUAACUUACUUUAAUUGACACACUUGUCUCAUAAGCCCUUCGAAUUAUCAAAUUCUUGUACAAAUUCUGUUUUCAAAAUAUUCCUCUAAUAAUAUAUUUACUUGAUUUAUGGAGACAUUACUUAUUUUUGUCUUUGUUUUUGUGAUUUAAUUAAUAAUUACUAAUUUAAUUACGACUUACUGUUUAUUACGGGGUGAUGGAGUACUUACCUAGGAGUUUGAGUAGCUGGUCUAUCCUUGUUUCCUUAUUUUUUGUUGGAUUUCACAAUAGCUCGAUAUAUAUAUAAUUUUAUCCGUAUUUUGUGCUCAGUCAAACUGAAGAAGAGAUAUUGUUUUUCCCGAUAUUUUAUUUUGGUAAUUAGAAGAUUUUAUUUCGGAGAGAAUAUAAGUAACCACAGGGUGUGAAUGUCACUUACAUAUUUUCUCGCAGAUGAAUCCUUCGCUAUGAAUAUUAUGUCGUCGGAAAGCUAGACUUUCGCAGGUGAAUGUAUAAAAUAUUCGCAAAUACUAAUUACCUAUUUUAAGGAAGCGUAAUAAUAUGUAUAGUCAAAAAAGUGUAGCAUAUUAUAAAUGAUAAGUUUAAUUGAUAAAUACGAUUAAUUUAAGAUGAACCAAACCUUUUGGCGAAAAUUCAAAACUGCUGUUUUAUAUAUUCGGCAGCAGGAAAAAAAAAUAUAUCCAGAAAUCUACAGAAGUAGUCAUGCACAAAUAUUUGGCUAGCGUAUACUUCUCAUGGUUGUUGUAUAACCAAUUUUAUGUAGUAGCCACGUAAAAAAUUUGAUUGUAUUGGAUUCGAGUGCAUUGAUCUUAUCAUUGCUUGCGGAAAAUUUAAUGUGAAUUUUGAAAAUAAAGAAAUGAUUCGGAAUUAUAAAUAA